UAAUUUAAAUGUGUGAUUCAACUAUGUAGUAAUCAUGUUUUGUAUAAGUAAUUAAUGAGUAAGUAAUUGUAUAAGUAGACAGUAAAAAGUGGAAAUGGUACAGAAUAUAAUAUAAUUUGGCAUUGGGCCAAAAAGGGAUGAGCCCAUGCUGGGUUGUUUCAACCCAAAAUGCUGGUUUAUUUAAACCCAUUGUUGGGUCAAUUAUAAAACAUUUUUGGGUUAACUGUAACCCCGCUGCUGGGCUUGUCCCUUUUUAAAAUAACCCAGCAUUAUUUAGAUUGUGUGAUGAUAUGUCAUGUAAUUUCAGAGCUCAUAUUUCCCCUGUCUGAUAAUUGGUCAGGGUUUCAUGAAUUAUUCAUAUUGUACUACAGCUCUAACACCAUUUAAUAAACAUAAGGAAGCACCUAAUAAAUACCGAAAUUAUUAUCAAAGGCAACCAUUUCAGGUUUGUGUUUUCAACAUCUGAUAUCAAAUGAGACAGAGUUUUUACAUUUCACCUGUGCUGCUUUACACACACAUGCAGUCUUCAGGGAAGAGGGAUAGGCCACACCCACACGAGGGAUGAGCACAAGUUAAAUGAUUUUGUGUUACCUACUCUCUUUCAUAACACACUGUCUGUGUUGCUGUCAAAGAUGACUUCUGUAGUCAAGAUUCAAGAGCGGGAUACUGCAAGUAGUACACAUAUCAUCGAAGAUGAUAAACCAUCCCCAAUGGGAUGUUUCGGCUGGAUUAUUGUCAUCAUUUCUGUCAUUGUCGCAAUUGGAUUGUUUCCUAUAACUUUCUUUAUGUGUGUUAAGAUCGUACAGGAAUAUGAAAGAGCUGUGAUCUUUCGAUUGGGUCUUAUUGUGGACAGAAAACCAAAAGGACCAGGAAUUUUCUUUGUGUUGCCAUGUACAGACACAUUCAGGAGAGUGGAUUUGAGAACUGUGUCAUUUGAUAUUCCUGCACAAGAGUUCCUCACCAAGGACUCUGUGACGGUGAAUGUGGAUGGUGUGGUGUAUUUCCGUGUAUUUGACCCUAUAUGUUCGGUGGCCAACGUGAGUAAUGCAGACCACUCAACAAGACUGCUGGCACAAACCACCCUGAGAAAUGUGCUUGGCACAAAGAACCUAUCAGAGCUGUUAUCAGACAGAGAGAGCAUCUCAUACUGCAUGCAGAAUGCCUUGGAAGAGGCCACUGCUGAGUGGGGCAUUAAAGUGGAGCGGGUGGAGAUCAAGGAUGUUAAGUUGCCCCUUCAGCUUCAGAGGGCCAUGGCUGCAGAGGCCGAGGCGUCCCGUGAGGCUCGAGCAAAGGUGAUUGCAGCAGAGGGCGAGGUGAACGCCUCACGGGCUUUAAAGGAAGCAUCUCUAGUGAUCGCUGAGUCACCUUCAGCUCUCCAGCUACGAUACCUCCAGACGCUUAACACCAUCGCUGCUGAGAAAAACUCCACCAUCAUCUUCCCUGUGCCUAUCGACAUCAUUCAAAACUUCAUAUCUAAAUGAGAUGAAUGUUUUCAGAAACAACUUUGCUCAGUUUUAUAAGCUAUGAGUUCUCAUGAUGAGUGAAGUCUUGACUGCGAGCAGUGAGAUUUUUAAAUGAGGAUCAUGCGCAGAUGUUAAAUGCUCUGUGUCACAUGUUUACUGCAACUUUUAUAACAUGACAUUUUCCCAUGUUGAAUAGAGUUCAUUUGUUGCUAUAUCAUAAUUUUUAAGUAUAUUCAUGCAUGUAUAUAUCAAUUCAACUUACUAUGUUAAAUCUUGUAAUGAGUUGCUGUAAUUUAUCAUAAGUUACAGUCACGCUAGUUUGUCCACCUGUCUGUUAACCCCGUGUAUUUUCCAUUUGCCUCCCUCUGGACCAUUUCCCAUCAUCUCCACGGUCCCUUACCUGGGCUGCGUUCAGCCCCGACAAAAUGUUGCAAAAAUUUUUUUAAAGAAUUUGCUAUGCUGUAUUUUUACUAUAAAACUCUCUUGACAAACAUGUCUUCUAAUAUCUUCAGUUGUUGCAUAUACUGAGCUGCAGCGGACAAAUUUGUAAACAACUUUACUUUGCGAGAGAGCUGUCUCUUUAAUACCGCAUGGUUUAUACACAUGUUGCUGCUGAUGGGGCUGACAUUUUUGACACAUCCAAACAAGAGAAAACGUACAGUAUCUCUGUUGUUCAACCCGGAAACCGCAGCAAAACAUUUUUUAUCCUCACCUGUCAACGAUCAUCCUCUUCAUCUCCUACCCAUUUAAGCGGGCCUGUUUUUCCCAGUAUUUUUCCGGCCUUCAUUUUGUUUCCAUGCCUGCUGUCUGUCUGUGCUUCGUGUUAUUCUAAUUAAAGUUGAUAAUUUUCUCCAGUCUCCUCCCUGCACACACACUUAUAUUACACAGUAUAUUGUCAUGGCUUAUUUUUAACAGUGCACGUAAACUUUUUUAAUAAAUAGGACUUGGAAAGAUAUACGGCUUCAAAUUUUCCUAGGGUUGUGCAGGCUAUUUAAUUUCAAGUCAAAAUGGCAUUUUUACUGCACACUGUAAAAUCAGUGUAUUUCUU